UGCAGUGCCUGGUGAUUAUGAGAUUGGUCACAUGAACCGAGCUCUUUUUGUUCCAGUUGAGAAAUACAUUUAUAGUGAAUCACUCUCACAACAGUAAGCCUACUUCUGUUUGGAUUACAUUUUUUUUCAAUUUUUCUUUUUUGACUGCUAUGUGUAGAUUGGGACAGCGAUUGACUCGCAUGCACAAGGCUACAAAACUGGAGAUACCGUAGUGAAGCCCAGCUGUUUUACCGUACAAUCUGAUUUGAGGGCAGACAAAUAGAAUUAAUUUUUAAAAUCCCGUUAAAUAUGAUGUCCACCGAACGCCUGUUUUCCCCCAAACCCCCAAAACCAAGAAAACCUCCACAUCUCAAAAAAUCGCACUGCCCCCUGCCAGUAGGGAGGGGUACUACUGCUGUCACAUCAGGCAGCCAAGUGAAGAAGAUUGUGGAACAUUUAAACCAGCAGGACAGCAUAGUGGUUAGCCCGAAGGCUGAAGAGAGAAGUCAACCCCUCAGGGAGCCAAAAACAACCCCUAACACCAAACACAGACCCCCACAGCUAUCCCAGAAGAACAGUCUCUCACAGAGGGAGAGAGAACAGAAGGUCAAGCAGAAAGAAGAUGGAAAAGGGCACAGCAUCCCAUCUAUGAAUAGGCAAGGGGGACGGUCAGCUCCAGAUGGCAUGGAGGUGGAGGCAGAGGUUCAAACACAGAACAAAGAUGAAACCGCUCAGGGCUCAGCAGCAACCCCUAGCCUGCUCUGUGAGAACAGCUGCACCUGCUUCUGCCACCAACAGCGACCCAGCAUGCAGUUGGUGUGGGUCCCUAAGGAAGAGGAGGAGAAAGAGAAAGAAGAAAGAGACACAGGAAGUGAAGGAGGGAGGCAGAGAAAAAUGGAGAGAGUACCCUUAAGUGGAGAGCACAUGGAGCAGAGCAACCAGGUAGAGAGGAUGAAGGUCCAGCAAGUUCCGGAUGCGACCACGACGGAUGAUAAGUGUCAGUACUCCAAGGCAUUCUCCCAGAUAACCACCCUGUAUCCCACUAAAUUCUAUCACCGGUCUCAUUGGUCUACUCCCAUCUCUGGCAAAAGCAUACACGUCCAGCUGGGUCCCAAGGUUACACAGGACACUCCGCCUCCUGUCCCUCCGAGAACCCCCCACCAAUCAGACAACCUGAAUCAAGGCUCUUCCUCUACGUCUCCCACGGCCAAGUUGGACCCCCCCACUAAAGACAACCUGUGUCACAGCCAGCUGCCGCCCCCGCCACCCAAUCACCCCCAGCCCCAACACCACAGCGAGAUCCUCAGUAGCCGCUGCAGUCCACAGUCAGAGAACGAUGACAAUGAUUUGGAUGGCUGGGAAAAAGUGGACCCAAUCAGAGAAGAAGAGCCUCCCACAUUGUUAGCUCAGAGUUUAUCCACUGACUUGGAGUCUUGCCUCAAUGAUGAACCUCUGUAUCAGGAGUACCGCGCCACUGUCAUCAACAAGGAAAUCCAACAUCAGGCAAAAUCUGCCAGCAUCGGUAGCACAAGUUCGAGUGACCAGGAAUGGGGGGCAGGGGACCUUGGAAACAGUUUGAAGCUCAAGAAGGGCCCCACACAGAGCAUUCUGUGGCAGGAGCUGCCAUCCGUGAGGAACAGCGGGGUUCUGCCGUCCCUCAGCCCGGCUGAUCGCAAACGGCAGGAGAGCAUGUUUGAGGUGCUGACGUCAGAGGUGUCGUACCUACGCUCCCUCAGAGUGCUCACUGAUCACUUCUUGGACUCACGUGACCUGGAUGAGACACUCAUCAUUCGAGACAAGAAGACCCUCUUCUCCAACAUCCUUAGCGUGCGUGAGGUCAGCGAGAGGUUCCUGAAGGAUCUGGAACAGCGUGUAAGCGAGGGCCCUGUGAUCUCAGACAUCUGUGACAUCAUCCACCACCAUGCCCAGCACAGCUUCUCCCCUUACAUCGAGUACAUCCGCAACCAGGUCUAUCAGGAGAAGACCUACAGCUCCCUCAUGCAGAAGAAUGUGCAGUUUGUGACGGUGAUUACUCGCCUGCAGGGGUCGCCAAUGUGCCAGCGUCUGCCCUUCACCUCCUUCCUGCUGCUGCCCUUCCAGCGAAUCACGCGCAUAAAGAUGCUCAUCGAGAAUAUCCUGAAGAAGACUCAGGAAGGGACCAAGGAAGAGCAGACUGCCUCCCAAGCGCUGGCCGCAGUAUCUCAAAUCAUCGAGGAGUGCAAUGCUCAGGUGGGGAAGAUGAAGCAGAUGGAGGAGCUGCUACACAUUGCUCAGAUGCUGGAGUUCCACAAGCUCAAGGCCAUACCCAUUGUCUCUCAGAGGCGUUUCCUCGAGAAACGUGGCGAGCUACAGGAGAUGACCAAAGGGGGUGCCCUGUUCAACCUCCGCCCCAAAUUUACCCCCAUCUACCUCUUCCUCUUCAACGAUCUCCUCAUCUUCACCUACAAAAAGAGUUCGGAUCGUUACAUCGUGACUGAUCAUGCCCACCGAUCACUGGUCCACGUGCAGGCCAUUAGUAAAGAAAAGCAGGGCUCGGGGUUCGAUCGCUGCUUCUGUCUGAUGCUGUUGGAGAACCACCAAGGCUGCACCUAUGAGCGUCUGCUCAAGGCUCCCACAGAGUCUGAUAUGCACAGGUGGAUGGCAGCAUUUCCUAAUCUCACUGGCCCCGGGAGAGAUGAGGAUGAAGUAGUGUAUGAAGACUGGGACUGCCCACAGGUUCACUGUUUGGAGCAGUAUGUCGCUCAGCAAACUGAUGAACUUGACCUGGAACCGACUGACAUCAUCAACGUCUUGAGAAAGACCAAUGAGGGUUGGUACGAGGGAAUCCGUCUCUCUGAUGGAAAGAAAGGAUGGUUCCCAGCUAGCAACGUGCAGGAGAUCACCAAUGAGCAUGUGCGGAGACGCAACCUCCGUGAACAGUACCAUAUCAUCCGGGUCGCAGCGCAGACGAGGCCUACACAGGCCCACAAGCCUGAACCGACCCCAGGAGCGCUGUUCUACGCGACAAAUAGCGAGGUGGCGACGCAGAAGGGACAGUAACGCCCCCUGGUGGCUAUGUUAAGCAUGCACAUCAAGGCACUUGCGGGCCUGAAAAAUCAUCCAUUACGGUGUUCCUGGAUUCCUGCGAUGACAGCCAAAUUAACAUUCUCUCUAGCCGGGAUGUAGAAGAAUGUGACUAUAUCGCUACAUGUAAAAUUCAGUAUUAACGGUAUUAAGUAUGAAUGCGUGAAUAGGUCCCCCCAUCUGAAACAGUGCCGUUUGUAGUUAUACUGAUUUUAUACCGAGUGAUGUUGCUUGGUCUUUGACCAUUAUAUGCAGUAUGUCCUGAAAAUCCACAGAAACUGCGGAGUUGUACACAACUGAAAAGUUUUUGGCUCUGUUGUCGUGCUGCGGGGCCACAGUGAUGUCGCAUUGAGCUUAUUACGGACAAACAGAGAAGGCACAAACAUGCACAUUUGUGAAUUGAGGUAGGUUUAUUAUUCUCCGGAGGAUCGCAGACGUCAGGCGGGGCGGAGCCAGGGCCCAUGAGGGGCGGAGUCGGGACCUCCGCGUGUCACCAUGGUCACCUCCGAGGACAGGAGGCCUUCUCUAACAGGCAGGACAAGGGGAGAGCUGUUAUGUGCCAGCUCUGAGGCUUGUAUUUGUGUCUAAUAAUCCCAUUUUAUUAUUACUUUGUUGCAUUACUCAUACAAUAAACAUACCUUAACUAUU